AGCAUAAAACAUUUGAAAUAUGGAAAUAUUUUACUUUAGCUAGUAUAUACAGUAAAGUAUCGCCUAUAAGAAGGAUAACCGCGUGUUCUUAGUCGUUCACUCUUUAGUCGCGCGUCAACCAUCUAUUCGACGACUUGUAUUCGGCGUGUUGAUAUCUACAUCAAGAUCGUGGUUAAACGAAUGUAGUAUAAAAAUCAUUUCAUUUUUUUAUGACAAAUCCACAAAAUUUUUAUAGUACGCACAGUGUUUGUCAAAGCAUAUGCAUCGUAAAAAGUUAGUUUCAUAGAAUCGAAAAAAGCAUCAAUAGUAACUAAGAAACAAUGGCCUGUCCUUUGUCAGGAACAAUCACAGAUGAUCAGAGCCAAGAAGGAACUCAAUUAACCAAAGGAUCAGCCUUACUCUAUGGAGAAUAUCUUCGUUUAGAUAAAAUCUUAUCCGCGCAAAGGCUCCUUAGCGCUGAGUACAAUGAAGAGGUACACGACGAGCAUCUUUUUAUCAUUACUCAUCAAGCAUACGAAUUAUGGUUCAAGCAGAUUAUCUACGAGUUGGACUCAGUCAGAUCACUCUUCAGUUCUGACUCAAACGUUUAUAACAAUCAUACUUCGACGGUUCAAAAUGAUGUUCACAUUUUGAACGAGUCAAGAACUUUGGAAAUUCUUAGACGACUUCAUCGCAUCGUUCUUAUAUUAAAACUUCUGGUGGACCAAGUGACGAUCUUAGAGACUAUGACACCGUUGGAUUUCAUGGCGUUCCGCGAUUACCUCUGCCCAGCUUCUGGCUUUCAAUCCCUGCAAUUUCGAUUACUAGAAAACAAACUUGGUGUAAAACAAGAACACAGAGUAAGGUAUAAUCAAAGUUACAUGAGAGUUUUUGGAAGAGAUCCGAAAGCUAUUGAGGAGAUCAAACGUUCCGAGGAAGAACCCAGUCUCAGCUGCUUGGUCCAAAAGUGGUUGUCCAGGACACCGGGUCUCGAAUCUUACGAUUUUGACUUUUGGGGAAAGUACAAGAGAGCCGUUGAACAAAUGCUCUUCGAACAAGAACAAACCGCACAGGAACAAUCAGAGGAGCAAAUGAAGGUAUAUCUUACGAGCAACGUUCAAUCUCGUCAAGCCAUUUUCGAAACAAUCUUUAACGAAUCUCUUCAUAACGCGCUUGUCUCAAGAGGAGAACGAAGAUUCUCGUAUGCUGCCUUGCAAGGAGCUGUAAUGAUAACAUUAUAUCGGGACGAACCAAGAUUCAGUCAACCCCAUCAAAUACUGACUGCAUUGAUGGACAUUGAUUCUCUGAUUACUAAAUGGAGGUAUAAUCACGUCAUCAUGGUUCAGAGGAUGAUCGGUUCUCAACAACUUGGAACUGGUGGAUCUUCCGGCUAUCAAUACCUGAAAUCGACAUUGAGCGAUAGAUACAAAGUGUUCCUAGACUUGUUCAAUUUGUCUACGUUCUUAAUACCUAGACAUUUAAUACCACCAUUAACGAAGCAAAUGAAAACAAGACUUUCAAUUUCUUGGAAUGGUUGGAGUACCGAUAACAAUCAAAACAAUGCUGAAAAUAAAAUAGAACGCUCGUAAACUUGUAAUAAUUUAUGCGGUAAUAUUCAAGUUACCCGAUUUUUAAUCAUUCCUCAAUUAUAUAUAAAUAAGUAAUAUCUUUAUUAUAAAUUAAAAUAGCUUGUAACAUAUAAUAAACUUGUAAAAUCUG